AUGGAUAACUAUUUCACAGCUAUCACCCUUUUAGGUCUUAGAGAUCAAAACUUGCCUCCUUUCAAGGAUGCUCGUUUAUAGAGAUAUAAAUCUAUCAAAAAGAUGAUCGACCUUAUUGAAACCACUACCAAGCUCGCUCCUCCCAUGCCCGUUGAAUUAUUUAUGCUCAACCCCACUGAUCCUGAAUGGGAUGACGAUAUGACAUAUCCUACUAUCACCCACGCUACUGCCCUCUAUAAAUCAUCUGCUUUAGCUGGCAACUUAUUCUUAUAUGCUUACAACUACAACAACUUUACUGCCAAUAUUAGAUUGAGAACCAUGAGAUAUUUGUUCCCUGUUGUUUCUUUGGCUAUUUUCGGAAAUAUCUACUGGGACUACAGAUCUCAACUCGUUAAGGUUAACCUUUUCGAUGAAUACAUUCAAGCAAGAGCUCAAGAAUUAGUUAAGCAAAACGAAUAUCUCUUAGAACACGAAGAUGUCAAGAGAUACGUCUGGUGGUACGAAGACUUAAAGGAAACUUUGGCUAGAGUCCACAGAUAAGCCAACAACCACAAGGCUUGUGACUUCAAGGAUUCUGAAAUUAUUCUUUAAGAUUUCAUUAGAAGAUACACCAAUCCUAAGGACAACUUACCCAUAAAGUUCCAUCCUCAAGGUCAAACUUUCUGA